AUGGAGCAUGAGUUCAGGUAUGAGGAUUAUAAGGAAACAGCGGAAUGGCUUUUAGCCCACACAGAACAUCGGCCCCAAAUAGCGGUGAUCUGUGGUUCUGGAUUGGGGGAUUUGGCAAAUAGAGUGACCCAAAUGCAGGCCUUUGACUACAGUGAGAUACCCAACUUCCCUCAGAGCACGAUACCGGGCCAUGCAGGGCGACUGGUAUUUGGAUACUUAAAGGACAAAUGCUGUGUGAUGAUGCAGGGCCGCUUCCACAUGUCUGAAGGCUAUGCCCUCUGGAAGGUGGCAUUCCCCGUGAGGGUUUUCCGACUGAUGAAUGUGCACACCUUAAUUGUCACCAAUGCUGCUGGGGGACUGAACCCCGAAUAUGAAGUUGGGGACAUUAUGCUGAUCCGAGAUCAUAUCAACCUGCCAGGCCUCGGGGGCCAAAAUCCCCUCAGUGGACCCAAUGAUAACAGAUUUGGAGAAAGGUUUCCUCCCAUGUCUGAUGCUUAUGACCGCGUUUUGAGGCAGAAGGCCCAUGGCAUCUGGAAGCAGAUGGAUCAAGACCGACCACUGCAGGAAGGAACUUAUGUUAUGGUGGGAGGCCCCAACUUUGAAACCAUCGCAGAGUGUCGGUUUCUGCAGAAAAUAGGGGCAGAUGCUGUGGGCAUGAGCACAGUUCCAGAAGUGAUAGCAGCUAGACAUUGUGGCCUUCAGGUCUUUGGAUUCUCCCUCAUCACCAACAAAUCAAUACUGGACUACGAAACCCACCAGACUGCCAAUCAUGAAGAGGUGCUGAUGGCUGGGCAGCAGGCUGCCAAGAAGUUGGAAAAAUUUGUUGGUAUUCUUGUGGAAAUCAUGCAGCCACCAGCAGAAGAGACUUUUUGA